AUGUUGGCUGACCAACGACCAACCUCUGAGGCCCUCGCUGCUGGAAGUAACGUGGAUUUCCCCAAGGCGGGUCUCUCACCUUGGGAUCACCAGGUCACUGAGAUUUGUGAACGUGUUGCCAAAGAGCCACAGGAGGCUGGAACCACUGGAGGAACCAUGGAGGCUGCAGAAGCGGUCCGUCUCUUGGCCGGUGCCUUUGCAGAGAAUGGACCACCACGACGGCUCCUUUACAACCCGCGGGCAGUUGAAGAAAUGCGGCGGGUCGUGGGUGUCCGUGACACCUUGUGGAAGCUUCAGGCAACUUCCAACUCUGGCCUUGGAGAUGCUUCGGAUGAACAGAUCCGCAUGUUUGCCACUGAGGUUGAGAAGAAGUGCUUUGGCAAUUCAGGGGAUCCUUUCCAGGCGCCGGCGCCGUUGGUGCCAGAAGAGCCCUGGUUUUUCAGUCAGCCGCUGGUGGAAGCCGACAACUUGAAGACCGGCCUGGCCGCUGCACAAGAAGCCAAGGGCCUCUUGAAAUCUCAGGGAUCUCGAUUGGAGAUCCCCAAGCUGCCAGUGAGACCUCUAUCAGAACGACCCAAUUUGGACAUUAGCUUCGACGAUAUUCUGCCUGGUGAAAAGGUCCAUUAUUCCAUCAGCCCUUCUGUGUUGCCGAUCAACAAGCCCUUCCGCACCUUGAAGGACAAGUUGGCUUGGGUCGCGGAGAAGCAGCUGCUGGAUGUCCCUCUGGGCCUCAUAGAGAAGUUGGACUAUGAAGGCGUCACCUCUGAGGCAGGCGUUCAGCAAUGGCGCCUCACUGUCACUACGAAGGACUUUCGCAGCCUGAUGAUCUUGGUCCCUCAAGCGAAGGACUUGGUGAUGAUAGAGGAGGCGGUGCUGGCAUUGAGCCAGCCAGGUGAGCAGUUUACCAAGGCGUUGUUUGCUUUUUCCUAUGCGGCUUCCAUGGGAAUUCAGCAAGAUGAGGGCUGGAAUUUGUACAGUCCAGGAACAGAGUUCCAGAGGAUGGGCGUUGGACAGCCAGGUUGUCCUUGGAAAAUUAGUGCCUUGGAAAACAGCUAUCAGCUGUGCAGCACCUACCCAGCGGUGUUGGUCUUGCCAGCAGAGACCAGCGACGAGCAACUGCAGCGCGUAGCUGCCUUUCGAAAGAGAGGACGAUUGCCGACCCUCAGCUGGUGUAGUUCAUCUUUCGCAUCUCUGUGGCGCUGCGCGCAGCCCAUGGAGGGUUUGCUAGGACAGCCGGAGUCGUCAGAUGAGAGGAUGCUAAGCGCCAUCAGGAAAGCUGCAUAUGCCAACAAAUGCAAUGGUGGUGGCUUUGAAAACUAUGAUGGCUGCCGCCUGGUUUUCGGCAACAUCGACAAUGUUCAUGGAGUUCGAUAUGCUUGGAAGAAGAUGGGGCAGGCUGUUAGUGGCCUCAGCAACGAUGAGGUAGGAUCCUGGUUCAAAGAUGUUGCCAACUCUGGCUGGUACGACAUCAUGGGUGCCAUUUUUCAAUGUGCAAACAUGGUCAUCCAUGAGAUUGACGUCCUGAAAUGCAACGUGCUCAUCCACUGUUCCGAUGGUUGGGACCGCACUGCACAAGUCAGCUCAGUGGCAAUGCUUUGUAUGGAUCCACACUACCGCACCUUGCGCGGCUUGCUGCUCUUGAUCCAGAAGGACGCCCCGUCGCUGCGAAGCCGGGCGUGGCAGGAGUUCUGUUCUUUUGGCCAUCGGUUUCGCACACGACUCGCAAAUGGUGAGAAGCCCACCAGCGAGUACAGUCCCAUUUUUCUGCAAUGGUUGGAGUGUGUUCAUCAGAUGACGCAGCAAUUCCCGACAGCCUUUGAGUUCACCUCCAGCCUGCUGCUACAUUUGGGCCGUGAGGUAUUAACGAAUCGCUGGGGAACUUUUCUGGGAGACUGCGAACAGGAGCGGAGCAAGGAGUAUUGGUUUCGUUUCCGCAUUCAUCCGCGGGACGAGCUGACUGAGCGGAUCGUGGGUCUGUGUCGCUGGUUCGCCGGCCGCUUUUUGCGGGGCAGCUGUUUGCACACUGCAGAACCAGAC